ACUUGCAGGAAAGAGUUCAGUAAAAGUAGUAAUUUAAUGGAUCACAUGAAGAUCCACACUGGUGAAAGGCCGUACCUGUGCAACACCUGCAGGAAAACCUUUACUGAAUCAUCAGCUCUUAAACGGCACAUCAGGACCCACACGGGGAAGAAGGCGUUUUCUUGCAGCACUUGCAGGAAAGAGUUCAGUAAAAGUUGUAAUUUAAUGGAUCACAUGAAGAUACACACUGGCGAAAGGCCAUUCGUGUGCAACACCUGCGGCAAAACCUUUACUAAAUCAUCAAAUCUUAAAAGCCACAUAAACACGCACACGGGCGAGAAGCCCUACAUCUGCAAAACAUGUGGAAAAAGUUACACACAACGUUACACCCUGGUGGUUCACUCGAGGAUCCACACCGGCGAAAGGCCGUUCCUGUGCAACACCUGCGGAAAAACCUUUACUGAAUCAUCAACUCUUAAACGGCACAUAACCACGCACACGGGCGAGAAGCCCUACAUCUGCAAAACAUGUGGAAAAAGUUACAGGCAACGUUCCCACCUGGUGGGUCACUCGAGGACCCACACUGGUGAAAGGCCGAACUUGUGCAACACCUGCGGAAAUACCUUUACUGAAUCAUCAGUUCUUAAACGGCACAUAGCCACGCACACGGACGAGCAGCGAUAUUUGUGCAAGACGUGCAACAAAGGUUUUAGCUGCAGAAUUGAUUUGCUGAGUCACAUGAAAAAUCACCCGGAGGAGAAGUCUGGUGACUCGUGACAAAUGAAGCUCAUGUUGUCGUCCUCCGGGGGCAGCUGUCCACUCCUGUCUGACCCACAGAAGAACCCGCAGAAGUCCAACCACCACCUCCUGUGGCUGAUGAGCCUAAUCCCCUCCCCACAAGGGUUGCAGGUUCAACACGGAUUUAUGCUUCUCCGUCAACUUGACGCA